ACAGCCACAGCAUCUUGAGAAAAAUGCAGUACCAGAAAGCUGAUGCAUGGGGUUUCUACGUGCCAAUGAGGAGCAGGAACAUGGAGGAUCCGAUGGAGAGGAUUAGGAGGCUGGCUUCAGAGAGUGCAGUGGUGGUUUUCAGUUUGAGUAGUUGUUGCAUGUGCCACGCUGUGAAGAGGUUGUUUUGCGGAAUGGGGGUGAACCCGACUGUGUACGAGCUGGAUCAUGAUCCCAGAGGGAAGGAGAUUGAGAGGACAUUGAUGAGGUUGCUUGGAGCUUCUUCUGCUGUUCCUGCUGUGUUCAUUGGUGGCAAAUUGAUUGGCUCCAUGGACCGAGUCAUGGCUUCCCAUAUCAAUGGCUCUUUAGUGCCUCUUCUCAAGGAAGCUGGAGCUCUUUGGCUUUGAAUUUGGACAGAUAAUUCAUAAUAACACCAGUCUAACUAAUCUUAGAAUAAUAUGCUGUUUUUUUUUUUUAAUUUCGUUUUUUUAUAUUGAAAGUCUAAUAUUGUAACACUAGAGCUGAGAAUCUGUAAGGCUUAA